AUGGUGGACUUGCGCUUCUGGCGCUCGGCGAACUACGCGAAGUUCUUCGGCCACGUCGACCGGGCCGGCGGGAUCUACUACAAGCGAUGGGCCAAGGGGCCAAUCCACUCGAUUGCCGCCGCCCUCUUCCUCCCCCGCGAGAAGGUCCAUUGCUGGGACAAUGUGGGCUACUUCCAGCCGCCCUCCUCCCACUGUCCGGCCGACUACGACCGCUUCCAUUCCAACAGCAAAUGCUUCUGCGACCUGCUCAAAAACUUCAAACUCCAGCCCCACAGCUGUGACCCCUUGUGGGCCCAGCUCCCUGCCAGGAAGGAGUUCAUCGACUCUCAUACAUAA